UCCCUCCAUGAAACCUCGGCCGCGUCCACUAAUCCUGAUUACAAAGACAAGUGCACUGCAGAUUCCCGUCCCAGUCCGAGAUGGCCGGAUGCCACGCGGGGCGCAAGUUUGAGUGAGCAGAAGGGACAUCAAGCGGAAGGAUGAAGGGAUGACGGACAGCUGGAUGUCUCAUGAUGGACAGCAGAGGGAGGAGAGGAACUAACGGCUCGUUCAAGCGCUCGUCCCUCAAACGCAGCGCCUCGUCUGGAUCCCAGAGGCUUCAGAGAGCCUGGAUCGAGAAAACCUUCCAGAAGAGAGAAUGCAUCCAGAUCAUUCCAGGGAAAGAUGCCAGCAGGUGCAGCUGUGGUCAAGUGGUGGCGCAGCACACGGCGGUUCCAGCAGGGGGCCGGGAGGACGAGGAGGCGGCCCCGCUGGUCGUGCUGGAGAUCCAGGCCACCGAGCGCUGGACCACCCUCAAGCACACCCGGGCCACGCCUACUGAUGCUUACGGCGUCCUUGAGUUCCAAGAAGGAGGUCACGCCAACAAGGCCAUGUACAUCCGCGUGUCGUACGACUCCAAGGCGGACUCCUUGCUGCACCUGAUGGUGAAGGAAUGGCAGCUGGAGCUUCCCACGCUGCUCAUCUCGGUCCACGGGGGCCUCCAGAACUUCGAGCUGCCCCCCAAGCUGCGGCAGGUGUUUGGGCGGGGCCUCAUUAAAGCCGCCGUCACCACAGGAGCGUGGAUCUUCACGGGCGGCGUCAGUACCGGCGUGAUCCGCCAUGUUGGGGACGCUCUGAAGGACCACUCGUCCAAGUCUCGUGGCAAAGUGUGCGCCAUUGGCAUUGCUCCGUGGGGCAUCAUCGAGAACAAGGAGGACCUCAUCGGGAGAGAUGUGUCCCGCCCCUAUCAGACCAUGGCCAAUCCCCUCAGCAAGCUGUCGGUUCUAAACAGUAGCCACUCCCACUUCAUCCUGGCCGACAACGGCACCAGCGGCAAGUAUGGCGCCGAGGUCCGACUGCGCCGACAGCUGGAGAAACACAUCUCCUUGCAGAAGAUCAACACGCGUCUGGGUCAGGGGGUCCCCGUGGUGUGUCUGAUCCUGGAGGGCGGUCCCAACGUGAUCUCCAUCGUGUUGGAGAGCCUGAAGGAGGAGCCCCCCGUCCCCGUGGUCGUGUGUGACGGCAGCGGCCGGGCCUCCGACAUCAUUUCCUUCGCCCACAGAUACUGCGAAGCCGACGGCUUGGUGAGCGAGGGCGUGAAGGAGCAGCUGCUGGUGACCAUCCAGAAGACCUUCAACUACGGACGCAGUCAAGCCCAGCAGAUCUUUCUCAUGGUGAUGGAGUGCAUGAAGAAAAAAGCUCUGAUUACAGUGUUCCGGAUGGGUUCUGAAGGCCAGCAGGACAUCGAGAUGUCCAUCCUGACGGCGCUGCUCAAAGGUACAAACGCGUCGGCGUGUGACCAGCUGAGUUUGGCGCUGGCGUGGAAUCGAGUGGACAUCGCUCGGAAUCAGAUCUUUGUGUAUGGACAUCACUGGCCGCCGGUGAAGCUUAGCGAGCAUCCCAAAAGUCCGGCAGCGGUCCAGCGGGCGGCGGCGGCACCCGCAGCCGCUAAAGGAAAAGCACGAGGAAAGAAAGGAAAAGGAGGCAAAAGCAAACCAGAACCACCAGAAGAGACGGAUCCCAGGAAACUGGAGCUGCUCAGCUGGGUCAACUCGUUGGAGCAGGCCAUGAUGGACGCGCUGGUCUUAGACAGAGUGGACUUUGUGAAACUUCUCAUUGAGAACGGCGUCAACAUCCAUCACUUCCUCACCAUCCCUCGUCUGGAGGAGCUCUACAACACGAAGCUCGGACCCCCCAAUACCCUGCACUUUGUGGUCCGAGAUGUGAAAAAGGGGAACCUCCCUCCAGACUACCAGAUCACCUUGAUCGACAUCGGCCUGGUGCUGGAGUUCUUGAUGGGCGGAGCUUAUCGCUGCAAUUACACAAGGAAGAGCUUCAGGACGCUGUACAACAACUUGUACGGCCUGAAGAGGCCCAAAGCGCUGAAGCUGCUGGGAAUGGAGGAUGACGAGCCCCGUCCCAAAGGCAAAGGCAAGAAGAACAAGAAGAAGGAGGAGGAGGUAGACAUCGACGUGGAUGACCCCGAGGUCAGCCGUUUCCAUUACCCCUUCCACGAGCUGAUGGUGUGGGCGGUGCUGAUGAAGCGCCAGAAGAUGGCGCUGUUCCUGUGGCAGCGGGGGGAGGAGGCCAUGGCCAAAGCUCUGGUAGCCUGCAAGCUCUACAAGGCUAUGGCCCACGAGUCAUCCCAGAGCGAGCUGGUGGACGACAUCUACCAGGACUUGGAGAACAACUCCAAAGAGUUCGGGCAGCUGGCCUACGAGCUGCUGGACCAGUCGUACAAACGCGACGAGCAGGUGGCCAUGAAGCUGCUGACCUACGAACUGAAGAACUGGAGCAACUCCACCUGUCUGAAGCUGGCGGUGGCCGCCAAACACCGAGACUUCAUCGCCCACACCUGCAGCCAGAUGUUGCUCACCGACAUGUGGAUGGGAUGCUUGAGGAUGGGCAAGAGCAACAGCCUCAAGGUGAUUUUAGGAAUCAUUUUCCCUCCCGCAAUCCUCCUCCUGGAGUUCCGUCUCGGAGAUGAAACCUCGUACCACUCCUCCAAGGAGAAUGACGUCAGCAAAAGCAAGGACGACGACAAUAAGUCCAGCAAAGACGCCGUCUCAACCGUGGACACCAUGUCCAAGAAAGGGGAUGAGGAAGAGAACCACAAGAAAGGCGGGAAGAGGGUCCCCAUUGGGAGGAAGAUUUAUGAGUUCUACAACGCCCCCUUCACCAAGUUCUGGUUCAACACGAUCUCCUACCUGGUCUACCUCAUGUUAUACAACUACAUCAUCCUGGUCAAGAUGGAGCGAUGGCCGUCCCUUCAGGAGUGGAUCGUCAUCUCGUACAUCAUCACGCUGGGACUCGAGAAAGUCCGACAGGUAAAGCGGUUCUGGUUCGGAAAAAAACGAGAUUCAGAACCAGACCGACGAGUCGUCAGCGUCUUCUGUCCUCAGAUCCUGAUGUCAGAGCCAGGGAAGUUGAAGCAGAAGAUUAACGUGUGGUUGGAGGACUACUGGAACAUCACAGACCUGGUGGCCAUCUGGGUCUUCCUGCUCGGGCUCCUGCUGAGGCUGCAGAACGAGCCCUACAUGGGCUACGGCCGCGUCAUCUACUGCGUUGACAUCAUCUUCUGGUACAUCCGCGUCCUCGACAUCUUUGGCGUCAACAAGUACCUGGGACCAUACGUCAUGAUGAUCGGGAAGAUGAUGAUCGACAUGCUGUACUUUGUGGUCAUCAUGCUGGUGGUCCUGAUGAGCUUCGGCGUGGCCCGGCAGGCCAUCCUGCAUCCGGACGAGGAGCCCACGUGGCGCCUGGCUCGGAACAUCUUCUACAUGCCCUACUGGAUGAUCUACGGCGAGGUGUUUGCGGACUCCAUAGACCGUAAGACUAGAGUUCAUAUUUACGCCAUGGAGAUCAACCCUCCAUGUGGAGAUAACAUGUAUGAUGAAGACGGUAAGAAGCUUCCUCCUUGCAUACCAGGAGCCUGGCUGACGCCCGCCAUCAUGGCCUGCUACCUUCUGGUGGCUAACAUCCUGCUGGUCAACCUGCUCAUCGCCGUCUUCAACAACACGUUCUUCGAGGUGAAGUCCAUCUCAAACCAGGUGUGGAAGUUCCAGCGUUACCAGCUGAUCAUGACCUUCCAUGACCGGCCCAUCCUGCCGCCGCCCCUCAUCGUCUUCCCGCACAUCUUCAUCGUCCUCAAGAGGCUGUGUUGCCGCUGCCGCCGGCGGCAGGACGGCGACCGCGACAACCGCCAGAGACGCCUGCAGCUGCUGCUGAACGCGGACGAACUGAAGAGUCUUCACGAGUUCGAGGAGCAGUGCGUGGACGAAUACUUCCGAGAGAAGGACGACGAGAAGCAGUCGUCCAACAACGAGAGGAUCAAGGUCACCUCCGAGAGGGUGGAGAACAUGUUCAUGCGUCUGGAGGAAGUGAACGAGCGGGAACACUCCAUGAAAGCGUCUCUGCAGACGGUGGACCUACGUCUGGCCCAGCUGGAGGAGUUUUCAGGUCGCAUGAUGAACGCCCUGGAGAAGCUGGCCGGCGUGGACCGAGCCGAGCUGGCUCACUCGCGCUCCAGAGGCUCGUCCGUAUGCGACGGCGCCGCUCUGCUGCGACGCGGCAGCAUCAACAGCGCCGACGGCUGCAGCCUCUUCCGCUACCAGCUGGAGCCCGACCCGGAUAGGACCUCCCUUGGGGGGAGUCCGGAGAGGCAGGAAGGGAAAGCGGACGCAGGUGACGCCCAUGUGACCGCCAAGGAGGUGGGCUCCACCCUAGACAUCCACCAAGUGAGGGACAGAAGUCAGUCUCUGUCCAACGUGGGCAUCCUCAUCUCUCCCUGUGAGCAGGACCACAGAUCACCUGAAACCGUCGCCAUGGAAACGGCAGGAGGACACACAGAGAAAACAAGACUGGAGGCCGUGGUCUCCUACCCGCUGGAAAAGUCAAAGGUCACACAGUGUUUGCCGUCACCCGUGUCCACCAAGAGAUCCGAAAGCAGCGCGUUGUGCAACCCCGCCCUCCAACAUGCGGCGCUACAAAGUAACCACGACAACAGGGAGGGGGAGGAGCCCGUGGAGGACAACGAGGACAGAACCUACCCGACUCUGCGCUCCAAAAGCCUCUACGUAAACCCGAAGAGCAGGACCCAGAAAGCAGACGCGCCACGCUCGGCUGCUAGUGUCGCAGAUUUGGUGUCUGCCUUUGGGGGUGGUGGUGGCGGCGGCGGAGGCGGCGGCGGCGGCGGCGCCGCACACUCGAGCUAGCCUGUCAAAAAUAUAUAUUUGAAUAUUAAAAAUCUUUGGUCUUCCUGCUAAGUUUGAAGUGGAACCCGCUUGUGUCAGCAAGCAAGGCAGCAUUCAGACGCGUGCAUUCAUACGCAUGUCAUCAAGACUAUGAAAUAUAAUCAUCAAAAUAAGAUCCGCAAAUGGAGCAGGAUGUCAACAAACUGCCGUCCUUUAUUACGAUCCUUAACCAAAGCCACGCAUCAGCCAGUCCAGUCCUUUUUUAUAAUCAUGUAACUUAAGGCAGCCAAUCAAAUGUCAUCUGGCAGGUUCAACACCUGAUAGGUAAAGAGAGCAGCUACUCUAGAACCUUUAGAACCUUUAGAACCUUGGCCCAGUCAAGAGGCUGCACCAAUGUAAAUAUGCUGACGAAGCAAUAAACUACCUCGUUAACAAAUGCUAUUGUGUUCAUUCAUUCAGAUGGUUAAGGUUUUACAAAGUUUUAUUUUCUAAAGAGGAAGUCACUUAUGAAACGGUGUUGUCGCCAUGGCACCCAGAGAGCGAACAUUGACGGAUGAGCCAUUAGAAGGAGAUAUACAUUUCCACGUUAGCAAGAGUGAGAAGACAUGCGGGCACAUACACACACACACACAGGAAGUAACAGUGGUGCAGUUUCCUGACGCUUUCAAAGUCAAAUGUGCACGCAACCUCUGACAGGAAGUUGCUACCUCGAGGUCAUGUCUCACACACACGCACACACACACACACACACACUCGAUCCUGACCUGAGUGUUUCAACUUCCUGCCAACAGAGGGCGUCAUCUUACUUGAAGUCCUUCAUCUUGGUGUCAUAGGUUCCAGCGUCCUUGUAGGCGGCUACGUAGCCCGUGUUGGUCACAAUAUCCUCGCGGCCUUCACGGCCUUUGCCCUUGCCGCUCUGGUCGAAGCGCUCCUUGUGCGUGCCCGUGUAACGCGACGUGUCGGUCAGCCGGUCCACCCCGCCCGCCUUAGAGGUUUUCUGAUGGGCACGUGUGGCAAAGUUAGGAGAUGCCAUCGAGGUAUCUCGUAAACGCUUGUUCUCACCGUAACGCUCAAGUUGCUGGGCGCUCCCGAUGCCACCAGCCGGAAGAUGGACUGGAGGGCCUCUUCGUGACUUUUACCUUUGAACCUCUGCGACGCCAGCUCCUCCAGUGCGAGCUGGAACUCCUCAAAGGUGAUGAUGCGAGACGACUUCUGCCUUGAAACGCAAACACGUGACCCGUGAGACGCGGUGCGGCGUUUUGGCAGCGACAGCUGUGCCGUGGAGAACUCACUUGACUUUGGAGAAAACGAUGUCCACGUCAGUGCCUGUCACGUUCUUGCCGUCAAUAAUCUUGCAGUCUUUGCAGAGCUUGGCCCAGUUCUUCCCAUUCAGCUCAUUCCCGGUGGCCUUGGUGUCUCCGUGGAUGGCGAACUGCCUGAAAACCGCCAGCAGGUCCACGUGAUCUAUGCUGUCUGCCAUGAUGGAAUAUCUACAGGGGAAACAAAGAUUUCAAACUUGUUUUUCACAAAUAGCCUCCAUAUCUAUACCCGUAUAAUGAUACAAAUUACUGAAUUACUAAAUACUAAAUUUCUGCCACCGACUCAAAAAUAAGUAAUAAUUAAGUAAUAAAUAAAUAAGUUAUAUGAUCAAAAUUACUAGUUGAAACUUAGAAUUAUGAUGGGAAAAGUCAAAAAAUUGUGUGAUAAAAUGUUGAUUAUGGUAAAAGGUCCAAAUUAUCAUAAUAAGUCAUAAAAAUUCGAAUUUAUGACAUAGCCUCAUAAUUGUUUUCUCAUCUCGUAAUUUCGACUUAUGACUUUAUCUCAUAAUUUCCACUUUUUAAAUCUCAUUAGUAUUACCAUUGGAAUAUUUUUCUUUCAGUGUCGGAAACUCCAUUUGUCACUCGGAAAGCCGAAGAAAGCCGAAGAAAUCCGAAAUCAACAUUCAAGACCGCUGCUGCUCAGCGUUAUAAAUUGUAUAAUUAAGACUUUUAUAAUGUCCUCACAUAUUCUUCCCAACUAUUGUAACAUGUGCAGGCAUCUUUCUAAUAAAUACUGUACAACAAAAAGAAAGGUUAGGCAUAUUUUUGACCGUUUUGAGCUUCAUGUAGCUUACCUCUCAGUAGCGUGCUAAAUUCCGCUAAAAGGGUAAAAAAGGGUCGCGUUAAAUGUAGCGCUUAGGUGGCCACAAGCACCAUAAAAAAUGACUUUUAAAUACACGCAUUGACGCCUUUGUUUACUUUGGUCACGGAGGUGACAACGACGCUUUAACUGUGACGUUACGUUUAUUUCGCCCAGAACGAAAAAUUGUCAGACCACACGUGUCGUCCAUUGUUGUAGUCAUGGUUGUAAUACGCACUUAGUAAUGACUACAUUGUGGUUGUGACGUCACGCCGCACGUGGUAUUUGUUUUUUUGUAAUAUACUGUUAGCAAUGACUGAACAUUCGACCACUACUCGGUUUUACGACACACCACACGUUGUAUUUGAUGCAGUCAAGUCACUGUGUUUAGUGUUUUUUGUCAUAUGAAGUUAGUAAUAAGUAAUACCACACUUUAACCACUUUAUUUAACCACCUAGCAACUUUUUCAUGCUAUCUGUCUGAGCAUCUCAUUGGCUGGUCACACCGUCCACACCUGUGUGACAAAUAACGUGCUUGUUUUAUUGGUCAGUUCCAUGUUAGAUGAGGUGACAUCAGCAUCCACGUUAGUAGGAAUUUAGUAGGAAUGUUAAU